CGGUUGCAACAAUGGAGUCGGACGUACAUAGACAUGACUGGGCCCGGUUUGAGAAACGCCGAUUCCUUUAAAAUCACCCGUUUGUGUGUCAUUAAAUAACAUUAAUGUCUAACGAUACCAGUCCCAUUGACAACGAAUGCACCGACCUUUCUUUUACACUUGAGGUGUGCUGAGUGCUUGUGGUUUCACCUUUUCUUCUGGGCUGUUUUGGCAGUGGAGCUCCUCCAGUGGUGCUGAUGUUCAUCUCUUUUGUCCCUUUAUACUUUGCUGACUGAUAACAGCUUAAGAAAAUGUCUGAGGUCAGCAUCGGGAAGCGCAAGGAAAAGUGUGAGAACUGCACCAAGCAGUGCAACAAAAAACAGAGCAAUGAUGAUAUCAGCGCACAUCAGGAGAGUGAUCUCGUCAAUGGACAGGAGCGUGAAGGAUCCCAGUUGCUCCUCAGUGCGUGUCUAUCCUGUGACGGCUGUAUGUCUGAAGAGGAGAGCCUGAAGAUCUCUCAGCAGAACUUGGAGGAAGUGGAGCGUGUUUUUGCUCUCAAUAAGAAGUGUGACGUGGCCAAGCACAAGGUCCUGGUGGCGUCGGUGUGUCCACAAUCGCUGCCUUUUUUUGCCGUAAAGUUUGACCUGGACAUCGCUGAGGCUGCCAAUAAACUUUGUGGUUUUCUCAAGAGCCUUGGGGUGCAGUUUGUGUUUGAUACCACUCUGGCAGCAGGUUUCAGCAUCAUUGAGAGUCAAAAGGAGUUUAUUCAAAGGUACCGCAGGAGGCACCAUGACUCCCACGCUUUGCCCAUGUUCACCUCCUCCUGUCCAGGCUGGAUCCGCUAUUCAGAGCGCGUCCUUGGAAGUUUGGUCACCCCCCACAUCUGCACAGCAAGGUCUCCGCAGCAGAUUAUGGGCUGUCUAGUCAAAGACUACUUCUCUAAACAGCAGAAGAUAAAUGUUGACAAAGUGUACCAUAUGGUGGUGGCUCCCUGCUUUGACAAAAAACUGGAGGCUGUCAGAGAAGAGUUUUACAGCAGUCUGCUGGAGAGCAGAGAUGUGGACUGUGUCCUGACCUCAGGGGAGAUUUACUACCUUAUGCAACAGAAGAAGGUCUCUGUGGAGGAGCUGGACUCUGUUCCAUUGGACCAUGUGCUAGGUGAAGGUGGCGACGUGGCGCUGGUUCGACAUGAAGGACACGGUUCUGAGGGUUUUCUGGAACAUGUGUUCAAGCAUGCCGCCAAAGAACUAUUUGGUCUGGAUGUCCACAAGAUCACAUAUAAGACCCUUAGGAACCGCGAUUUCCAGGAGGUGUCGCUGGAGCGAGAUGGAGAAACGCUGCUGCAGUUUGCUGCCGUCUAUGGUUUCAGGAACAUCCAGACCCUGGUUCAUCGCAUGAGGAAAGGACGGGUCCCUUACCAGCUGGUGGAAGUGUUGUCCUGCCCGGGAGGGUGCUUGAGCGGCCGUGGUCAAGCAGAGAGCGACACGGCGGGCCGGGUGGAUAAAAACCUGGUCCAGCAGAUGGAAGAGGCUUACAGCAGCUUGUCAGUCAGUCUCCCGGAGGUCAACCCCACCCUGCAGACCCUUUAUCAAGACUGGCUUCAGGGCCAGGACUCACAGCAGGCUGGCAAGCUACUUCACACCCAGUAUAAAAGUCAGAGACAGAUGCCCUCGCAGGCCCCGUAUAUGCAGUGGUGAGGAUAAAGAUGAUGAGAGCUGGAAUGAUUAAUGAGGGUCCACCAUCUGACAAACUAUCAUUGGGCUAAGUUACCCCAGGCGCACACUGAAUCCGUUGCAGGUCUGGUCUCGCGAGAGUAGAUGUUCACGUGAUAAGUAGCCUUGUAUACAGGACGUUUUUGUAAACCAUUUGCCUGCACAGCCACGCCUUUUGACAUCAUAAAAUGAGUAAGUACUUCCAAUAAAAUUAAAUAGCGUUUAAUUUCUUCAUAUUGUUGUUUGUUCUUUGAUGGUACAAUGUUGAUACAUAUCGUCCAAAUUGUCACUGUAACGAUUAUCACAUUUCUUCUAGUGAUACGACAUGAGUAUUCUGGCGUCUGAAAAAAAAAAAAGGUUGACCCCAAACGGAUUAUUUCCUUUUGGCCGUACGUCCGCCGGAGCUGCACUACAAGAGCUAGUGUGAGCCUACAACAGAUCCACAACGGAUCCACAACGGAUUCAGUGUGAGCCUGGGGUUCAGGACAAGCCAGCAUGUUUAAACCAAUCACAGCUGGACGGAGUAGAUGCAGACCUCCACUGGAGGGCGCUGUAGAGUCAAAACAAAGAAUACUUUAGUGCAGACAAAUGUGAUGUGAUUUCUUGUUGACAUGCCCAACAAUAAGCCAACUAAGGAAAAACUCAUCCAAAUGUACAUAAGGAACAUAUUUUUUUAAUCUAAACCAGUCCAAAGUUAAAUGUACAGAAUAAGUGUUAGAAUUAUGCAACAGUAAUCUACCUGAUGUCUCGUCGGUCAAUGAAAAAUAUGAGUUUGAAGCAUGAUUAGUAUUUCUUUGAAAUGGUACAAGCUGUGGUAGCAGGGAGGAAAAGUGGUACCUUCAUAGUUGUCCCAGUGUCUGGCUUUGAGUAUCUAUACGCACCUUUGGUUGUUUUUAUGCACCUAAAGUCGUCUAGGGGAGGUUACAGCACAACAAACAAUGGCAAAUUUUUUGUUUUAAUUUAUUUAUGUUGCUGGUGUUCUGUCUUUUAUAAAAUUGAUACAUGCUGACCACUAAAAAAAAAAAGUCUGACAGCUGAAAAUUGUUGGUUUUAUUUGUUUAGAGCAGGGGUGUCCAAAGUGCAGCAGUUUGUUUUUCAUUGGUGAGUGAUACACUGUAAAACUAAACAUUAAAGUUUUGGGGAAAAUGUAGCAAAAAGGCACAAAGCAAAGAGGAAAUGCUGAAAUGUUGAUACAUGAAGCUUUGCUUUUAAAUAUGUGCUUAAACGUGUCUUGUCAUACUCCACGUCUUGUUCAGUUAAAUCUUUUAAAUGGAGUGACUUGUUUUAAUUUUUUUGACAUUCAAGUCUUUUGCCACUUCUAGCUAAAAGAUACCCACCCAAACAAUUUCUAAAAGCUUAUUUUACCUACAAACUUGUCUGUGGUAUGACCAAGUUUGCGCUGUACACUCGAUGGUGAAAGCGGGCUUGCACCUGCAUAAACAAUCAACCAUCUUACUUCCUUUUCCAAACCACAUCACUUCUGUGUAAAAAAAGUCAAGAUGUUUAGUCCGUCAGCUGCUGUGUUCAACAAGGCUGGGAAAGAUGAAAGUCAGCUGGUGGAGCUGGGUGCUCGGACUACUCUGCAUUCCAGCUGUAGUGAACACCUGGCCAGGUGAGGAAUAUCAAAUAUUAUUGGCGCUAAAAUAUUUAGGAUUUCUUCAACGAGUCAUUUUUUUCUGUUGUUUAGAGUCUUGCCAUUAAAACCGCUACUUUUUUUUUUUUUAGCUCUCCAAGAGAAAACCUUUUUAGCCACACAUGUUCAUCAGUCUUAAUUGCGUAUUUACUCAUAGUAUGUCUUCUAUACUGGGUAAUACGUGAUUAAAGGUGACUAUAGGGGUGUUAUUCAAUGUCUAGAGAUCUCUAAUGUUUAAAAAUGUAUUUAGAAGGUUGUAAACGGCAGUCGAGUGGUUAGCUUGCAGACGUCACAUCUAGGAGAUUUGGGUUCAAUUCCACCUUCGGCCAUCUCUGUGCGGAGUUUGCAUGUUCUCCCCGUGCAUGCGUGGGUUUUCUGAAUGUGAGUGUGAAUGGUUGUUUGUCUAUAUGUGCCCUGUGAUUGGCUGGCCACCAGUCCAGGGUGUACCCCGCCUCUCGCCCAAAGACAGCUGGGAUAGGCUCCAGCACCCCCCACGACCCUCGUGAGGAAAAGCGGUAGAAAAUGAAUGAAUGAAUGUCUUCUAUACUGGGUAAUACGUGAUUAAAGGUGACUAUAGGGGUGUUAUUCAAUGUCUAGAGAUCUCUAAUGUUUAAAAAUGUAUUUAGAAGGUUUCUGCUAGGACACUUGGGUUCAAUUCCACCUUCGGCCAUCUGUGUGCCGAGUUUGCAUGUUCUCCCCAUGCAUGCGUGGGUUUUCUCCGGGUACUCCGGUUUCCUCCCACAUUCCAAAAACAUGCUAGGUUAAUUGGCGACUCCAAAUUGUCCAUAGGUAUGAAUGUGAGUGUGAAUGGUUGUUUGUCUAUAUGUGCCCUGUUAUUGGCUGUGAUUGGCUCGCCUCUCGCCCAAAGACAGCUGGGAUAGGCUCCAGCACCCUCGUGAGGAAAAGCGGUAGAAAAUGAAUCAAUUAAUGAAUAAACAGGUUUUAUUAUACUCUAACACCAACAAUGUUCCAUUUAUGAGUAAGGAAUCUUCCUUGGGUCUGGAAGCAGUUAACCAUGAUAAAUAAGGGAUUACUGUAUUUUUUCCGGAAAUGGUACUGGAGCCACACUUUGGACACCCCGGACUGAACCAUUAUUUUGUCUAUUUGGUUGCA